AUGCAUCGGCUUCCGGGUUAGAAAACUAAACGUAUUUUGUUUUCGCUUUCGCAUUGAAUCCCGGAGCAGCCCGUGAUGAUUUCGCCGGAAAGCUGCAGUUGCAUCGUCUCUGCGGGUUUGCGGAGCGGAGCCGGAGCUGCCGGGGACUGCGACGGAGCGCGGAGCUGCAGCGGGCUCCUCCUGGACCGCCAGCGGGGGCUGGUGCUCUGCCAUGCCCAUAUCCUCUCCCCUUUCCUCCGGCAGCGGCAGCUCAGCCUCCAGCCCUUCCUGCUUCCUGGGGCUUUCCACAGGGAUCUGCAGAUCCAGGUCCAGUUCCCUGCCAGGACCAGCCCAGGAGGAGGCAGAACCGAACCCCCCUCUGAGCCCGUGUCGGAGAGCCCCAGCCCUGACCUGAACCCAGAGGUGCCAGCCUCAGGGCUGGUGAGGUCCCAGGGCUACGGCCCUGCAAUUUUUCUGGUGGCUUUCCCUUGCCCGGAAUUUCGAGAAGCCUUGCGGAGUUUGUACCAUGAGGCAGACCAGUGGCACUUCUCCCUCGAUGACCAGGAGGCUGCCCUCGAGGACCUGGCCUGGUUCAGUUUGCUGCGGUGCCCAAGCUGGGCAAGGGGCUCCCAGGGUGGAGAAAGCCCGCAGUGCGUGAGCAGUGAGCUCCUGAGAAAAGGGCAGACCCUGUUCAGCUGUGCAUCCCCGUUCGCCAGCUUCUGGUCAGAGGUCUUCAUGAACACAUUCAGUAAAGGGAUCGUGAGUAAUCUGGUGGGAGAGCACAACGCGGUGAUCUUGACCGAUGCUCGCUGUCUGCCCGGGACUGAAGGAGGUGGCAUUUAUCUCAAACUGCAUGGACUGUACUAUUUAGCGGGUUUGAUCGCCGCUCCACUGUGUUGGAAGGCCCACGAGUGGGUUGGAUUGACACUGGUGUGUUCUAUCACCUGCAUAUUCGAAGCCAUCAGAAGGAUUUGGAAUGCCCUCGAUAAGAAUGGCAACAGCGUGUCAUUUUGCCCACUGUCCAGUCCCCUGCCCCUGCCCCUGCCCCUGCCCCUGCCCCUGCCCAGCUCAAGGUGGCAGGGUGUCCUGACCCAGUUGUUUGGUGUUGUUGCCCUUUUGGAGAGCGAUAGAGUGUGGGGUUCGGGAGUGGUCGUCAGUCCGAGGUUAAUACUUACUUGUCGUCAUGUGUUGGGCCGGGCAUCAGCGGUCGAAGUGAAAAUACAGCCUGACUCGGGCAGGUACGAAUUCUGGCUGGAGAGUUCUACAUCAGUAAAGUCUGAAUUGCCGGUUUCAGCGCUGCGUAUUCUACGCGGUGCCUUCAGUGAAACUAUCUCUUUGCCAACAGGAGAGGAUGUCUGUGUCAUUGCCUACGGGGUGUUUGGUGAGAGCUGUGGGCCUUCAGUGACAGCUGGAGUUCUUUCUGCAGUGAUCACGGUGGACCAGCAGCCAGCAAUGCUCCAGACAACAUGCGCAGUUCAUGCUGGGACCAGUGGGGGACCUGUCUUUAGAACAAGCAGCGGAGAGUUACUGGGCAUUGUAUCUAACAACGUCCGAAACAACAAUGCAGGAGCCUGCUAUCCCCACCUAAACUUCAGCCUUCCUAUCACUAUCCUGCAGCCUUUGCUUUCUCGUUACAAACAAACAAGGGAUGCUGCGGUAUUUGAGGACCUGAACCAAGUGAAUGAUCGGCUGUGUGCUGUUUGGAGACCCCAGGACAGCUUCUCGAUUACUCAGAAGAGCAAACUCUAAUUGUGAUGGGUCACCCAGGAUUUUGAUAAUGUUGACCCCUUGUUGAAGGUCCAAGAUGCUUUUGGGAGAUUAGUCUCAUAAAAUUGAAAAUAAUGAGGAAUUUGUCUUCCCUGGCUCUGGAAACAAUGAUGUGGAAUGUAUCGAGAUCCGUUGGUCAUGGAUUACCUGAUCCAGAUUUAAAUCUAAGAAAGAUGGAGAAAAUGUUAAAGCUGUAACCUCAUCCCUGACUUUCGAAUGAUGCGGAACCUUGAUUCCUCAAUAUUCAAAGUGACUUGAAUUUUGCAAGAGAUUUUCAUAGGAACUGGAAUAGGCCAUUCAGCCCCUCAAGCCUGUCAACUUGAGUUUUGAAUGUUUUGUGUAAAUCACAGCAAUGUGAAAAGCUGUUUUCUUUCAUUAGCCAACUCCACCAUCCCUAUUUUUUACUGUCAUAAAGUUGGAAAGCAUUCUGAUCUUGUAACACUGAGGAAAGAAAGGAAGUGAUGAGCACAGACCCAAUUUAACAGGGAGUACUGAAGAUUGUGAACCUCAAACAUUCUAAUUAAAUCAAGUGGAACUGAAUAAAUUUUUCCAAAACCA